AUGUCAAGCAACAUUUCUGGAUGUCAUCUCUAUGACGAAAUGGAACCUUUUACCUAUUUUUACUACUUGAUUUUUCUUAUGGGAAUUAUUGGAAGCUGCUUCGCACUGUGGGCGUUCACACAGAAGGACCAGAAGCAGAAGUGCAUGAGCAUCUACUUAGUCAACCUCCUCACUGCAGAUUUCUUGCUGACUUUGACACUGCCAGUGAAGAUUAUUGUUGACCUAGGAAUUGCGUCCUGGAACCUGAGAAUAUUCCACUGCCAAGUCACAGCCUGCUUCAUCUACCUGAACAUGUAUUUAUCAAUCAUAUUUUUGGGAUUCGUGAGCAUGGAUCGCUGCCUGCAGCUGAUGCACAGCUCUAAGAUCUACCGCAUCCAGGAGCCUGGCUUUGCCAAGAUGCUGUCUGCAGUCGUGUGGGUCGUGGUUCUCCUCAUCACGGUGCCCAACAUGGCCAUUCCCAUCAAACACGUCGAAGAAAGACCCGGCGUUGGAUGCAUUGAUUUCAAAACAAAAUUUGGGAGAGACUGGCACGUGUUCACUAAUUUCAUCUGCACGGCAAUAUUCCUGAACUCCUCGGCCGUGAUUCUGAUCUCCAACUGCCUCGUGGUCGGGCAGCUGCGGCGGCACAAGCGCAGCGAGCGCGGCGGGCGCGUGCGGAAGGCGCUGGCACACGUCCUGCUGGUGACGGCGGCCUACCUGCUGUGCUUCGUGCCCUACCACGCCGUGCGCGUCCCCCACGUGCUGAGCCAGGGCGACGCCGGCGCCAGCUGCCGCCUCCGACGGGCUCUCUUCAAGGCCAAGGAGUGCACCUUGCUGUUCGCGGUCUCGAGCCUCUGCUUCGACCCCAUCCUCUACUACCACCUUUCCAAGUCGUUCCGGCUGAAGUUCGCCGAGACGUUUGCGGCCCCCAAGGAGACAAAGGCGCUCGCGGACGCGGAGCAGCGCAGCAGCCGACGGCAGAGCUGCAGCCCGGCCCGUGAAACACGGGCAGAGCGUGCCCAUCGCAGCACCAACAGCUGCGGGGCGGCUGCAGGCGUGGGCAGCACUGCCGGCAGCGCCCCUGAGGAGCCGUGAGCCCGGGCAGGAGGAAAACGGCACCGAGGAACACCAUGGCUGUGUGAGCCGCUCACGGCGCCCCGGAGCCUCCAGGGAUGCCUUCACCAGCAGCUCAGAGAACACUGCUGACCCACCAGGCAUCGGACACGCGUGCCAAUACGUGCUCAGACUCAAAUAUACCUUAGGAGCAUUUAUGGCACUCACCUUAACUAAGUUAAAUAUGGUGCAUUUGCUAUGUUA